AUGGCCAAGAAAGGAGGAAAGAAGAACAAGAAGGGCAGCAAGCCCGCCGUCGCUGCCGUUGUAGACAAAGUCAAAGAUGUGAUUGAACCCGAUCACGAAACCGUCGAUGAGACCAACCAAACCGAAGGCCAAGCUGAGACUGUCGAACAGACAGAGGCACCUGAGACUGCGACACAGCCUACCGAGACCGUCGCUGAGCCCAGCAAGGCGCCAGAGCCCACCCCCGCGACCGAGGCCCCCGCAACUGAGAUCCCAGCUGUGGCGGAGACCAAGGAAGUGGAGACCAAGGAGGCUGUGAAGGCCGAGGAGGCUCUCGCGACAGAGAACAAGGGUACGGUGGAAGAGGCCGUGGAGAAGGCGCAGGCCUCCAAGGCCGGCCAACUCGGCGAAUUGGAAGGUGGCGCUGCCGCAGGCACUGCUAUCCUCCCGGAGACGACCACCAAGGAGCCCGUUCCCUCGAUCGCCACGACCGGUGUUUCUGAGACAUUGGCUGAGCGCCCCAAGACCGCCGAAUCGACCGACGUCCCGGCUGUCGUUGCGCCCGCACCUACCGCCGCCCCCAUCGAGACCGAUGCUGCCCACCCCAAGCGCCCGUAUGAGAAUCCCAUCUUCAACAAUGAGGAGAACCUGAAGCCCCACAAGAUGCCCAAGACAGAUGAGGAGGCGCUUGGUGCUAGCGUGGCCGAGGACAAGAAGACUAUUGAGACAUUGGCCGGUGCUGGACCCGCCUCCACUGCCGCGUUCACAACCCCUGAGCCUGUGCCUGUUCAGGCCGAGGAAUCCAAGGCUGUCGAGACUCCUGUUGUCGCCGAGGCACCCAAGGCUGUUGAGACACCUGUGGUUGCCGAGGAGAAGGUCGCUGAGACUCCUGUAGUUGCCGAGACACCCAAGGUUGUUGAGGAGAAGGCCGCUGAGACUCCCGUGGUCGCUGAGGCACCUAAGAUUGCUGAGGAGAAGGUCCCUGAGCCUCCUGUGGUUGCUGAGGCAUCUAAGGCUGUUGAGACACCUGUGGUUGCGGAGGAGAAGAAGGUCGCCGAGACUCCUGUGGUUGCCGAGACACCUAAGGUUGCUGAGGAGAAGAAGGUCGCCGAGACUCCUGUGGUCGCUGAGGCGCCUAAGGCUGUCGAGUCCGCCCCCAAGAGCACCCCUGCUCAAACUGGCGCCAGCAAGUCUACCUCCUCUCCCGUUGCGAUCGCCGCCGCCAACGCUGCUAUUCUCUCUUCCAAGGGCGAUAAGGCUGCUCCCCCGGCCGCCGCCCCAGUCGUCGCCAAGGAGGCUGAGCCCAAGAAGCCCGAAGCUGCCCUGAAGCGUGGUGAGGAGCCCCUGCCUAAGGCUGAGGCACCCAAGCCCGAGACCAAGGCCGAGCCCGUCAAGGAGGAAGCUACCAAGGCCCAACAAGAGACUCAGAAGACAUCUGAGCCCUUAGCAGAGCAGGCCGAGAAGAAGAAGGGCGGGUUCCUGUCCUGGUUGAAGCGCAAGUUCAAAUGA